AGGGUUCCCCGGGACUGUCCAUCAUUUAAAGGGUGCCCGGGACUGUCCAUCAUUUUAAAGGGUUCCCCGGGACUGUCCAUCAUUUUAAAGGGUUCCCCGGGACUGUCCAUCAUUUUAAAGGGGACCUCGGGACUGUCCAUCAUUUUUAAAGGGUGCCUCGGGACUGUCCAUCAUUUUUAAAGGGUGCCUCGGGACUGUCCAUCAUUUUAAAGGGUGCCUCGGGACUGUCCAUCAUUUUAAAGGGUGCCUCUGGGACUGUCCAUCAUUUUAAAGGGUGC